GUAUGUAUGUAUGUGCGACCGAAUGUCGAUGAAUAAACAAUAAUUAACAAUAGCCAAAUAACGAGUGACCGCAUAAACAAGCAGGUGUUUGAAAAUGUGAUUGCGCCAAAACACGAGAAUUGUCGUACAUAAAAAAUAGCAAGAAAAGGAAAACUGCUUUCCAUUGUCCGGAAAAAUCUUUUUGAGCGAUGAUCGGGCGCGUCCGUGGUCACACCGCUACCAAAUGCGCCCAUCCUGGAAUGGUGAACAAUGAAUUUCUUUGGCCAUGACCAUCUGAGCGGAUUUCGACGCAUAGAUCGCCUGGGCGCCCAUCGCCAGACGCCGUGGGCAGAACAGGAGUCCUUUCAUCUCAAAGACGCCUUCCUAUGGAAUUGGCACAAGGGCUCCAGAGUUAGUACAAUAAAUGAUUGGCUGCAAAUACAAAUCGGUGGCCCCCAGGAUGUCAAAAAGAAAAGACCAAAGGGCCAGAAUCGCAUCAAGUCCACCAAAUACACACUUAUCACAUUCCUGCCACAAAAUCUUCUGGAGCAAUUUCGUCGCAUUGCGAAUUUCUACUUCCUGGUGAUGACAAUAAUAUCACUUUUAAUUGAUAGUCCAGUGUCCCCAAUGACCUCACUCUUACCUCUGGUAUUUGUAAUUGCUGUGACCGCCGCUAAGCAAGGAUAUGAAGAUAUCCUGCGUUAUAGAACCGAUAAUGUGGUCAAUUCAUCGCCAGUUACUGUCAUCCGCGAUGGCAAGGAGGCGAUAAUCAAGUCGCAGGACGUCAUUCCCGGCGAACUGAUCGUCGUGGAGCGGGACUGCGAUGUGCCGUGCGAUCUGGUGCUGCUGCGAUCCACCGAUCCGCAUGGCAAGUGCUUCAUCACCACGGCGAACUUGGACGGCGAGUCCAACCUGAAGACGCUGAUGGUGCCGCGCGACCUGCCCACCGUCGACCUGCCGGAGAUGCACAAGCUGGGCAUGAUCGAGUGCGAGAGCCCCACCACCGAUCUGUACAGCUUCAAUGGCAAGAUCGAGCUGAGGGGCGGCGAGGGUCGGGUGCUACCGCUGUCCGCCGAGAAUGUCCUGCUGCGCGGAUCGCGGGUAAAGAACACGGAGUGCGUCAUCGGUUGCGCCGUCUACACGGGCAUGAUCUCCAAGCUGCAGCUGAACAGCCGGCUCACCCGGAACAAGAACGCCUCCAGCGAGACGUACAUCAAUCGCUUUUUGAUCGUCAUCCUGGUCGCCCUGAUCGCCAUCGUUACCCUGCUCUACUUCCUGAAGAGGUACAACGAACUAUUUGUGAUACCCAAGCUGUUCUAUCUGGGGGAUGCGACGGAUAGCUACAGUGUGAAGCAGUUCCUGCAGGACUAUCUGUCGUUCCUGAUCCUCUUCAACUACCUGAUACCCAUCUCCCUUUAUGUGACCAUCGAGCUGCAGCGCGUCAUCGGCAGCUGGUUCAUGGAGUGGGACCUUGAGCUUUACGAGAAUGAGACCGAUCAGCCGUGCGUGGUCAACACCUCCAAUCUGAACGAGGAACUGGGCCAGAUCAAUAUACUGUUCUCGGAUAAGACGGGCACGCUGACCAAGAACGAGAUGAACUUCCAGCAGUGCUCGAUAAAUGGUAGCAAGUUCCUCUUUAAGAAGACGCGGCUGGAGGAUGAGGAGACCAAGGCGCUCCUGGACAUCAAUAAGUUUUCCGCCAAUCAGCGCGUCUUCUUCCAGGCCUUGUCCAUAUGCCACACCGUUCAGGUGGCCUCCGGAUCUCUGGAACAGGCGGAUGCGGGCACUGCCAAACGGGAGCCGGUGACGGCGAUUAAGUCGGGUCCGCCGGAGAUGUACUCCAUUUCGGACAUCACCGAGGAGAGCCACAAUGCUAGUCAGCAGAGCGAGCUGAAUGUGGGCCACACCAUCGAUAACUCGGUGUCGGCUCAUCCCAAUGGGCUCAAUUCAACGACCAUUUCAUCCGAUGUCAAUCCACUGCUGGUCUCCGACGACGGCUAUGGCGUGGACCGUCGCAAGCGUCCGGUGGUUGUCAAGAGGAGUCCCAACUUUGCGCGCUCCAAUCGGAUGAACAAUGGUGCCGCCAGCGAUCUGAAUAUCAAUCAGACUGAUCUUAAUGCGGCCACGAACGGAGUGGAGCCCACACCCAACUUUCGACCCAUUUCGCUGCAAUUCCGACGGUCUACCUCAGAGAAGGAUCUGCAACAGUCGUGGGAAGCGCCCAGUGGUCAGGCGCCGGGUCACCGAAGGGCACACUCCUAUGGCGCGCCCAAUGCCUACCUCACAAACCCGGUUUCGGCCAGCACCCCGCCGGCCAGUGUGCUCUUUCGAUCGCCGAGCACCACUUCUCGGGAAUCCUACGCCGCGCCCACAUUCACCCGACAGCCCACCAUUUUGGUGCGGGCUGAAUCACAGCGCCGGAAGAAUGAAAUCCGGGACUUUAUAUUCACCUUGGACUAUCAGGCCUCGAGUCCGGAUGAGAAGGCCUUGGUGGAGGCGUGUGCCAAUUUGGGCAUGGUCUACACCGGAGACGAUGACGAAACGCUCCGCGUGCGCAUCGUCCCGCCCCACAUGGACUACAAGCGACCGUUCGCCAAGCCCAGGGAAGAGACCUUCCAGCGUCUCCAUGUCCUGGAGUUCACGUCGGAUCGCAAGCGCAUGAGCGUGAUUGUCCGGGAUACGGAGGGCAAGAAGUGGAUCUACACCAAGGGUGCCGAGAGCUAUGUCUUUCCACUGUGCGCCAACAGUUCAGCCGAGCUGGUCACCAAGACGGACGCCCACAUAAGUGAUUUCGCCCGUCUAGGAUUACGUACAUUGGCUAUUGCCAGGAGGCUAAUCAGCGAGGAGGAGUACCAGGACUUCCUUGUGGAACUGGCACAGGCGAACAGCUCACUCGAGAAUCGAAAGCAGCUCAGCGAGGAGUGUUAUGCUAAAAUUGAAAGCAAUCUGGAUUUGCUCGGUGCGACAGCUGUGGAGGAUGCCCUGCAGGACGACGUGGCCGAUACGUUGGUAUCCCUGCAGGCGGCUGGCAUUAAAAUCUGGGUGCUAACGGGCGAUAAGGUGGAGACAGCCCUGAAUAUAGCCCUGUCCUGCGGACACAUUCCACCCGAUGCCAAGAAGUACUUCAUUAUGGACUGCAAGAAUAGGGAGGAGAUGCUGCUGCACCUGAACGCACUUGACCGUGAGAUCAUCUUCGGUAUUGGCCAGGAGUGCGCCCUUCUCAUUGACGGCAAGAGCUUGGGCGUGGCCCUGGCAGAGGCCAGCUCGGAGUUCCGGGAUGUGGCUGUCAAGUGUACGGCGGUUCUGUGCUGCCGCCUCAGUCCGCUGCAGAAAAGCGAAGUGGUGUCAUUGAUCAAGUCAUCCAACGAGAACUACAACACGGCCUCCAUUGGCGAUGGCGCCAAUGAUGUGUCAAUGAUCCAGGAGGCUCACGUGGGCAUCGGCAUCAUGGGACGCGAGGGCAGGCAGGCGGCACGAUGCGCCGACUUCGCCUUCGCCAAGUUUUGCAUGCUCAAGAGACUGCUCCUCGUCCAUGGACACUAUCACAGUGUCCGACUGUCCCUGCUGGUGCUGUACUUCUUCUACAAGAACAUCGUCUUCAUGGGCAUCAUGUUCCUCUUCCAAUUCCACACGCUGUUCUCCUCGUCCUCCGUCUACGAUUCGCUGUUCCUCACCUUGUACAAUGUGAUAUACACCUCGCUGCCCAUUUUGUUCAUAGCUAUCUCCGAGAAGCCAUACACCGAGGAGAAGUUGAUGAGAACGCCACAGCUUUACAAGAAGAACACGGACAACAAGCAGCUCCACUGGCCGUACUUCCUGAUGUGGGUCCUCUUUGCCAUCUACCACAGUGUCAUCAUUUUCUACUUCGCCUUCUGCCUCUUCUACUACAACAACGUGAUCCUGAACUACGGACAGACGGUGGCCUUCUCCUGCUUCGGCACCCUGCUCAUCUGGACGGUGGUGGUGGUCGUGAACCUUAAGCUCUGGCUGGAGUCAAUGUAUCUGUCCUUCUGGUACAUAUUCACCAUUAUCAUUUCCAUUUUGGGCUUUAUAGUCACAACGGUUAUCUACAACGUUAUCAAUCUGGACUACGACACCGACAUCUACUGGGCCUACAACAAUCUGUUGGCCUCACUGCCGGUCUGGCUGUGGAUCAUAUUGACCUGUGUGGCCUGCCUGGUACCCGACUAUACCAUCCGAAUGCUCCAGAGGGCGCUCAACAUCAAGAGUUUCAGCAUUUUCCCCGGAAAACAACGUAAACUCAAGAUGCGCGAAAAGUUCGAGUCCACAUACUUGUAAUCGUCGAUUAGGCUAUAGUUUUUAUACCCCUAAUUUAUUUAUUUCCCUAUGUAUACACUUUUUUUUUGUUAGAUAAACAAAUUUUUGUUGAA